AUGCUAGAGACAGUUCCUCAUCUAUUCCUCCACUGCGACUACGCCAAGAAAGUGUGGGCAUCCUCUCUGUUCUCACCGCACUUCGACCCCGACAACUUUACGGACAUUACAGCAUUUUCUGAUGCAUUGAAACACUGCAAAAGCUCAGUCUGCCUCCCUCCCCUGGGAAUUUUAUCAGAUAUAUUCCCAUGGGUCUGCUGGAGCUUAUGGACAGCUAGAAACAAACUGAUUUUUGAGGAUAGGAAGAUAUCACCUGAGGAGUCAGUUUCUAAGGCUAUCUGGAAUGCCCGAGAAUGGAACUCAGCACAAAGUGUUACCUCACCACCACCAGAACCGCGACACAAGACGUUGAACAUACCCGAUCAGGAUGUUCUAACUCUUGGUUUCUCUGAUGCUGCUUGGAAAAAAGAAACUAAUACUGCAGCUUAUGGAUGUAUCUUCUUCAACAAGGAAGGACAGAUCAUACACUAG